UUUGCUUUUUCCCCAGAAGAACCAUAAAGUAUGAUUUCUUCUUGAAGCCAAUAUCAGAAUCUCUCAAUCUAUCGUCUAGGGUGAUUUCUGGGUUCGAACGAAAAUGGCUUCAUCGAAGAGGCAAUUGAAGGCCAUGCUCCGCAAGAAUUGGCUCCUCAAAACUCGUCAUCCCUUCGUUACUUCAGCUGAGAUUUUGCUUCCGACUCUUGUAAUGUUGCUGUUGAUAGCCGUCAGGACUCGGGUUGACACCACAAUUCACCCGGCUCGCUCGAACAUAGAGAAAGAUACAGUCGUCGAAGUGGGCAAAGGCAACUCUCCUAGUUUUCCACAAGUUUUGAAGCUUCUGCUUGCUGAGGGGGAAUUUUUAGCUUUUGCACCUGACACUGAUGAAACAAAUAACAUGAUCGAUAUUUUGUCUCUUAAGUUUCCGGAACUGCGGCUAGUUACUAAAAUUUUUAAAGAUGACAUAGAGCUGGAAACUUAUAUAACCUCUGCUCAUUAUGGUGUCUGCACCGAAGUGAGGAAUUGUUCGAAUCCAAAAAUAAAAGGAGCAGUGGUAUUCCAUGAACAAGGACCUCAUUUGUUUGAUUAUAGCAUCCGCUUGAACCACACAUGGGCAUUCGCAGGAUUCCCUAAUGUCAAGUCGAUCAUGGACACAAAUGGACCUUAUAUCAAUGAUCUGGAAAUGGGGAUUAAUACCAUACCAACAAUGCAAUACAGCUUCAGCGGAUUCUUGACUCUUCAGCAGGUGGUAGACUCUUUCAUUAUAUUUGCUUCUCAGCAAAAUAUCGACUUGCCAUUAUCACAUUCAAAUCUUGGUUCAGCUCUAAGCUUUGAGCUGCCAUGGACUCUGUUUAGCCCCUCUGUGAUAAGAAUGGUUCCAUUUCCAACCCGCGAAUACACUGAUGAUGAGUUUCAAUCUAUUAUCAAAAGCGUAAUGGGAUUGUUGUACCUUCUGGGAUUUCUGUUUCCAAUCUCCCGGCUUAUCAGCUACUCUGUUUUUGAGAAGGAACAGAAAAUAAGAGAGGGACUUUACAUGAUGGGCUUGAAGGAUGAGAUCUUUCAUUUGUCGUGGUUUAUCACAUAUGCAUUGCAGUUUGCAUUGUGCUCUGGGAUUAUUACAGCUUGUACGAUGGGAAGUCUCUUUAAGUAUAGUGAUAAGACAUUAGUCUUCACAUACUUCUUUUUAUUUGGGCUCAGCGCAAUCAUGCUCUCAUUUAUGAUAUCAACAUUUUUCACUCGAGCAAAGACAGCUGUGGCAGUUGGGACCCUAACCUUUCUCGGAGCCUUCUUCCCUUACUACACUGUAAACGAUGAAUCUGUCUCCAUGGUAUUGAAGGUAGUUGCUUCUUUGCUUUCGCCUACUGCAUUUGCUCUUGGGUCAAUCAACUUUGCUGAUUAUGAGCGUGCACAUGUUGGACUUCGUUGGAGCAAUAUAUGGCGGGCAUCUUCUGGAGUAAGCUUUUUUGUCUGCCUCUUAAUGAUGUUGCUCGACUCUAUUCUUUACUGCGCACUUGGACUUUAUCUGGACAAGGUCCUCCCCAGAGAAAAUGGUGUGCGGUACCCAUGGAACUUCAUCUUCAGCAAGUGUUUUGGGAGGAAGAAAAAAACCUUCCAGAAUCGCAUUCCAGGUCUCGAAACUGAUAUGUUUCCGGAGGAUAUAGAGGUUAUUCAGGGAGAGCCUUUUGAUCCUGUUAUUGAAUCAAUAAGCCUGGAAAUGAGGCAACAAGAGCUUGAUGGGAGGUGCAUACAAGUUAGAAAUCUGCAUAAGGUCUAUGCCUCAAGAAGGGGAAAUUGUUGUGCAGUUAAUUCAUUGCGACUUACAUUAUACGAGAACCAGAUACUUUCACUUCUGGGACAUAAUGGAGCUGGUAAAAGCACAACAAUAUCAAUGCUUGUUGGCCUUCUUCCCCCAACGUCUGGAGAUGCCCUGAUACUUGGAAACAGUAUCAUAACAAACAUGGAUGAGAUACGGAAAGAACUAGGUGUUUGCCCUCAGCAUGACAUCCUCUUUCCAGAACUGACAGUUAGAGAACACUUGGAGAUGUUUGCGGUUCUUAAAGGUGUUGAAGAAGAUUCCUUGAAGAGCACAGUUGUUGAUAUGGCGGAGGAAGUGGGAUUGUCCGAUAAAAUUAGUACACUUGUGCGGGCACUUUCCGGAGGCAUGAAGAGGAAAUUGUCACUUGGAAUCGCAUUGAUAGGUAACAGUAAGAUCGUCAUUCUCGAUGAACCAACCAGUGGAAUGGAUCCGUACUCAAUGCGUCUUACAUGGCAGUUAAUUAAGAAAAUUAAAAAGGUGUUGUGGCAGUUCGAUUUCCUGAAGCAUCACUAUGGGGUUGGUUACACUCUUACGCUAGUAAAGACUUCUCCAGCUGUCUCUGUUGCCGCACGUAUAGUUCAUCGUCAUAUUCCAUCAGCAACCUGUGUGAGUGAGGUGGGAAACGAAAUUUCUUUCAAGCUGCCUUUGGCUUCCUUGCCUUGUUUCGAAAACAUGUUCAGAGAAAUCGAAAGUUACAUGAAGAAUUCUGUUGACAGAUCUAAGAUUAGUGAGAUUGAGGACUCAGAUUAUCCUGGUAUUCAGAGUUAUGGUAUAUCUGUCACGACACUUGAAGAGGUGUUUCUGAGAGUUGCUGGCUGUAACUUAGAUAUCGAAGAUAAGCAGGAAGAAAUAUUUGUUUCUCCUGAUACCAAGGCUUCUCUGGUAUGCAUUGGAUCUAAUCAGAAAAGUAUUAUGCAACCCAAGUUGCUAGAAAGUUGUAAUGAGGGGGCUAGAGUUAUAAUUACCUCAGUUGCAAAAGCUUGCAGAUUAAUUGUUGCUGCAGUUUGGACUCUCAUUGGAUUCAUUAGCAUGCAAUGUUGUGGUUGUUCCAUUAUCUCGAGGACAAUGUUUUGGCAGCAUUGCAAAGCAUUGUUCAUAAAAAGAGCCAGAUCUGCUUCCAGAGACCGCAAAACAGUGGCAUUCCAAUUCAUCAUUCCUGCAGUUUUCUUGCUUUUUGGCCUUCUUUUUCUUCAGCUCAAGCCACAUCCUGAUCAGAAAUCCAUAACUUUGACAACUGCAUAUUUUAAUCCUCUCCUGAGCGGCAACGGUGGUGGUGGUCCGGUUCCUUUUGAUCUGUCUGAGCCAAUUGCCAAAGAGGUUUCUCAAUAUAUCGAAGGAGGCUGGAUUCAGCACUUGAGGAAUACUUCAUAUAAAUUUCCUAAUCCAAAAGAGGCACUGGCUGAUGCAAUUGAUGCAGCAGGUCCCACGUUGGGCCCCACUCUACUUUCAAUGAGCGAAUUUCUGAUGUCUAGUUUUGAUCAGUCCUACCAGUCAAGGUAUGGGGCAAUUUUAAUGGAUGGCCAGCAUCCAGAUGGGAGUUUAGGAUACACCGUAUUACACAACGGUACUUGUCAGCAUGCUGGUCCAAUCUACAUCAAUGUUAUGCAUGCUGCGAUUCUCCGACUUGCUACGGGUAACAAGAAUAUGACAAUUCAAACCCGAAACCAUCCUUUGCCCCCUACAAAAACUCAGCGCCUACAGCGUCAUGAUUUGGAUGCCUUUUCCGCUGCAAUUAUCGUUAAUAUUGCGUUCUCCUUCAUCCCGGCCUCCUUUGCUGUUCCCAUUGUUAAGGAGCGGGAGGUGAAAGCAAAACAUCAACAGCUUAUCAGUGGGGUUUCUGUUCUUUCAUACUGGUUAUCAACGUACGUAUGGGAUUUCAUCAGUUUCUUAUUUCCGUCAACAUUUGCAAUAAUCCUCUUCUACGCUUUUGGUCUGGAACAGUUUAUCGGAAUAGGACGGUUUCUUCCGACUGUUCUUAUGCUCCUGGAGUAUGGCUUGGCAAUUGCAUCAUCAACGUACUGUCUUACAUUUUUCUUCACCGAGCAUAGCAUGGCUCAGAAUGUUAUUCUUAUGGUGCACUUCUUCUCUGGUCUUAUCCUUAUGGUUAUCUCAUUUGUUAUGGGCCUUAUUCCAGCGACUGCUAGUGCAAAUUCAUAUCUAAAGAACUUCUUCAGAUUAUCACCAGGAUUUUGCUUCUCUGAUGGAUUGGCUUCAUUAGCUCUUCUAAGGCAGGGGAUGAAAGACAAAUCUAGUCAUGGGGUGUUUGAAUGGAACGUCACUGGAGCGUCCAUCUGUUACCUGGGUUUGGAGAGUAUAUUCUACUUCCUUGUGACGCUGGGGCUUGAGCUCAUGCCUUUCCAAAAGGUGAUGUCGUUCUCAAUUGGGGAGUGGUGGCAGAAUUUCAAAGCUUUCAAACAGGGUGCUGGUUCUAGUUCUACAGAGCCACUUCUCAAGGAUUUGCCUGGAGCCAUUUCUGCUGAUAUGAAGGAUGACAUAGACGUGCAAGAGGAAAGAGACAGGGUGAUUUCGGGGUUGACAGACAACACCAUGUUCUACUUACAGAACCUAAGGAAGGUCUAUCCUGGUGACAAACAUCACGGCCCAAAAGUAGCUGUACAGUCUUUGACUUUCUCGGUCCAAGCAGGAGAAUGUUUUGGCUUUUUAGGGACGAAUGGAGCUGGGAAGACUACUACCUUGUCUAUGUUAUCUGGAGAAGAAACUCCAACUAGUGGAACUGCCUUCAUCUUUGGGAAAGACAUCGUAGCGAGUCCCAAAGCUAUUCGUCAGCAUAUUGGCUACUGCCCCCAGUUUGACGCUUUAUUCGAGUACUUGACUGUGAAGGAGCACCUUGAACUUUAUGCAAGGAUCAAAGGAGUAGUUGAUUAUAGAAUUGAUAAUGUGGUUACGGAAAAGUUAGUCGAGUUUGACUUGUUGAAACAUUCUCACAAGCCAUCGUUCACUCUUAGCGGCGGAAACAAGCGCAAACUAUCUGUUGCUAUUGCAAUGAUUGGAGAUCCUCCUAUUGUCAUCCUCGAUGAACCAUCUACAGGUAUGGAUCCUGUUGCCAAAAGAUUCAUGUGGGAUGUGAUAUCCCGCUUGUCGACAAGGAGUGGAAAGACAGCGGUCAUUCUGACUACUCAUAGCAUGAAUGAAGCUCAAGCACUUUGCACUAGGAUCGGGAUCAUGGUGGGAGGCCGCCUAAGAUGCAUAGGUAGUCCACAACACUUAAAGACACGCUACGGAAACCACCUUGAGUUAGAGGUCAAACCCAAUGAAGUCAGCAAUGAGGAAUUGGAGAACUUUUGCCAAAUAAUUCAGCAGUGGCUGUUUAACGUUCCUACGCAGCCUAGAAGUUUGCUGGGUGAUCUCGAAGUUUGUAUAGGUGUCUCUGACUCGAUUACUCCUGAUACAGCUUCAGCAUCAGAAAUCAGUUUGUCACCAGAAAUGGUACAAAGCAUUGCCAAGUUUCUUGGUAAUGAGCAGAGAGUGAGUACUCUAGUACCUCCAUUGCCUGAGGAAGAUGUGCGAUUCGAUGACCAGUUAUCAGAGCAGCUGUUUCGAGAUGGUGGUAUUCCACUUCCAAUAUUUGCCGAGUGGUGGCUAACCAAAGAAAAGUUUUCAGCAUUGGAUUCUUUCAUACAAUCUUCGUUUCCUGGUGCAACAUUCAAAAGCUGCAAUGGACUGAGUAUCAAGUACCAGUUGCCAUUUGGAGAAGGAGGAUUGUCACUUGCGGAUGCCUUUGGACACCUUGAAAGAAACCGGAAUCGGCUGGGAAUAGCUGAAUACAGCAUAAGUCAAUCCACACUUGAGACCAUAUUCAAUCAUUUUGCAGCUAACUCAUAGCCAGUGAAACCAUUAUCGCGGCUUGUAUAACCAAAACCCUUCGUGACCAUAGCCCAAAGAGAGAUCUGAUCACUCAUAAUCUCAUUUACCCAACAUAGUUGUAAAUAUAUAUGACAUAUACAU